UUCAAAGUCCAGAAGACACAUGUCAUAGGGCAUCAUACUUUGCCCUUCCAACCUCUGUCGGAGAGCGAAAAGUGAAUACCGGGAGUCCGAUCCGGAAUCACCUGGCGGCCAGUGGAGAUCGCCGGAACCCGGAGCUGUAGGUUGUCGGAGAUGCACUUGGGUUCGUUCUAGGUAGCUCAAAGACUCAUCUUUUACCCGAUAUUUGAAGAUCAAAGCAUUAGGAUCUGGGAUUUAGCGGCAGCGGGGAGAAAUGCAGGUGGCGCCGCCUCCAGGGGGCGCCGGGGGAGCGGCGGGGCCGAGGGUUUACCAGGUUUGGAAGGGUAGUAACAUAUUUUUCCUGCGAGGGAGGUUUAUCUUUGGACCUGAUGUGAGAUCACUAUUUCUCACGAUCUUCCUUAUUGUUGCCCCUGCAUCAGUCUUUUGCGCGCUGGUUGCCAGAAAGCUGAUGGAUCAAUUUUCCGACUGGGGAGUAUCUAUAAUGGUGAUUGCUGUUGCAUUCACAAUAUAUGAUCUAUUUCUUCUUUUACUUACUUCCGGGAGAGAUCCAGGUAUAGUACCACGCAGCGCACAUCCUCCCGAACCUGAAAGCUCUGAUGGAAAUCUGGAACUUGGGAGUAACCAAACUCCACAGUUGCGGUUACCUCGUAUCAAGGAUGUUACAGUCAAUGGGAUCACUGUGAAGGUCAAAUAUUGUGAUACCUGCAUGCUCUAUCGGCCUCCUCGCUGUUCGCAUUGUUCAAUUUGCAACAACUGUGUUGAGCGGUUCGACCACCACUGCCCUUGGGUUGGACAGUGUAUUGGUCUGCGCAACUAUAGAUUCUUUUAUAUGUUUGUUUUCUCAACAACCCUACUCUGCAUCUAUGUCUUUGGAUUUUCUUGGGUGUGCAUCUUGAAAACUAAGCAUGACGAGCAGACGAACUUAUGGCGUGCUAUUGGAAAGACUCCGGCCUCCAUUGCUUCCGUUGUUUUAAUUUUCUACACUUUCAUAUCAGUGUGGUUUGUUGGUGGCCUUUCUGUCUUCCACCUAUACCUGAUGAGCACUAACCAGACAACAUACGAGAACUUCAGAUACCGUUAUGAUCGACGAGCUAACCCAUAUAAUCGAGGAGUAGUGGCGAACUUCAUAGAAGUCUUCUUCACUAGAAUUCCGCCAUCCAAAAACAACUUCAGGGCACGGGUGCCAAGAGAACAAGGUCUGCAAGGGAGACCAGUGUCUGGAGGUUUCAUGAGUCCAAACAUGGGAAGAACAAUGGGAGAUAUUGAGGUGGGCAGGAAAGCUGUGGCAUGGGGUAGCGAAGAAGCUGCUCGGGCUGGUCUUGAUGAUAUAGAAUCUGGAUUAAGUAAUGACAUAGUGGAUGAGAAGGAUGGCAUGUUUGGUGCUGCUUCACCAGAUUUAGCUAGGGUCCUCCCACCUGAGGGCCUGGAAGCACGAGCACCGGUUCAUUCAAGACGAUCUAGCUGGGGGCGAAGGAGUGGGAAUUGGGAGAUGUCCCCUGAAGUUCUCGCAUUGGCGGCUGGUGUUGCAGAAUCAAAUCGUACAGGGGCUAGUGGUAGUGGCACAGAAGCUGGGAACAGAUAGUGUUUUCAUUUAGGGAGAUGCGCAGCGGCAGGAAAGCAGGAAAGCUGAAGGAGUUCAGUUCUUAUGCUCCUUCCCUCGUGCAACUUGGGACAGAUUCAGAAAUUGUAAUUCUGUAAUAGUGUGGCUUUAAGUUGUUUACCAUCCUUUUUCAUUCUGAUCCAGUCAUUUCAUUUCUGUAAAAGUGUGCAUUGAUGGUUUUACACUCACCCGUUUCCCCCCUUUGUUUUCUUACUGUGUUCUAUUGCCUCUGCUUUUCAAUCCUUAAGUUUCUCAAGCAGUGGUAUGUUGGUUUGAUGGUAAGAUGAACAAGAGUUUACUUUGAUUAUCUGGUCACUAAGAUUGUACAUAACGACUGACUGAUGGUUUUAAGCUAAGGUGUUGACUGAAUCUAUUGAUUGA